UCCUUUCCUCACUCGCAGUAAAUAAAAGGAGAAAAGGAAUAACGAGAAACUGGCAACUCCCCCACACGUCUUGGCAACUCGACCCAAGGCUAUAUAUAUACCUUCAGCGAGAUUCGUCUGCAGUAUUUGUAAAGGAACUAAAGUGAAGGUAGUUCCUGAAAACAACAGAAUGGGUCCCAAGGGAGUGUUUACAAUGCUGUUCAUGGCAGCCCUGAGCAGUAGCCAGCUUGCAAAGGUAGCCUCUUACCCUGUUUCUGGGGCUUCGCUGAGUGAGUCGAUGAAUGGCAACACAAAGACGGGAGAGUGCGCGUAUUCUGACUCUCUUGGAAAGCAGAUUCAGAUCAGUUACACAGAGACAGCCUCGGGGGAAAUAACAAUAACUUCUGGUAGUGGGUACUCUGGAGAUGGCAAAGAGGAUCUUCGCAAGUGCCGUGAGGCAGCUGAACAGGCACAGAAGGAAGCAGAGAAGGCUGUUGAAGAACACAUGAAAUCCAUCACUGACUUUGACAAGAAUUUCAAGAAGCAGCAGGAGGAAUUGGAGAAAACUAUGAAGGAUCUUGAUGCACAGGUGGGCGGUAAAGGAGGAGUAGGUAGGGUUGGUGAAGGAAGUGAGAGGGUUCUGCUGGUGCUGGCCCUCGUCCUCUCCACUUGUUUGGUACAAUUAGUGUCCCUCUAAGAUUGGGGUGGGGCCCUAAUGAGAAGGGGCCUGCCUGCCUGUCUACCUGCCCAUUCACUGACACUGCAUGCAUAGUUGCACCUUGGUAUCACAGGGCUAUCAGGUGGCCUGCAAUUUGCAUCUUUUGAUUGUGGUAUGUGGGAAAAAAAGUAGGAAGUAUCAGUCUUUUAUUUUUCUCCCAAGUUUCCAGUAAGAAAAGGAAAUCAUAUUAGAAACUGAUAUGAUAACUUUUUUAUUAAUUUUCCUUUUCAUCUAAGAAGUUGAUAAAGAAGAAAAAUCCAGCCAGUAAGAAACUUGAUCAGAAACACGAAACGUUUAUUCCUGGUUCAGUCACUCUUGCCAUCAAAUUCCCUAAAACUGAACGUAGACGAUCAUAACCCAAUCGGUUGUUUACUAUAAGAUCAAGGUAUCACAUAGAGAUAAGAAGAGAAAGAUACAAUGCUCCUAAUUAAUUGAUUUGUCCAUGAACGUGUUUCUUAAUUUGACUUGUUACGUCAGAUAAUGCCUCAUGUGUGAAAGAGGGUGAAAAGUUGUGAUAAAAGCUUUUAUCAUGUUUUUUUCUAUACUCCUUUGCUGGAUAGGUUGUACAUUUCAUGUUAUGUGUGUGACUGUGUUUGCAGCCGUGUUGUUAAUUUAUAUACAUAUUCCUGUGUGAUGAGAAGUUAUAUGUCCAGUAAAGGAAUUUAUAUAUCAUUUACUAGCCUACUAGAUCCACUAUAUAUGAAUCUCACAAAUGUAAUCUCAAGAUAAGUUAUAAUUAUUUAUCUAUUUUCCAAAUAAGUUGUGAUAACUAGUGAAAUUAGCUGUUCUACAUUGUAAAUCAAAGAAAAAUAUUGUAGAAACAUGAUUUUUUCUUCAGGCAAUGCCUGUUCUUCCUUUUGAAAAGCAAGAAGGCAGUAACAAAGUUGGUGAUAAGAAACCAAAGAAGGGGGGAAUAAAUAUUGUAAGACAGAUUUUGGAAAGAAGAAAAAAACAAAAAAGUCAUUGUAAAUAAAGUUUCUCACACUGACAUUUGGUCAACAACUUUCACAUAUAUGGAAGGUUUUCCCAAUAGACUUUUAAUAUUUGGCAACAGAUCUUGGAUAAGAGGAGUUCACCUCAUACAUAUGGAAACUCCAUCAGUCGCAAAUCACCAGAUACAUUAUAUACGGUAUAUGAAGCUUUUUGGCUUAACUUACACCAAGGAUAUAAUUACAUGAUAAUCUUCAUUUCUUACCAGUAAUUAUAGAACAUGCGAAGAAAAGAAUUUUUCUUUAUUUUCCAUAUCUCUUAUUUCUUAGCAGUUGACACAAAAACAAGACCGACAAGAUUUUAAAAUGCACCUAUCAUACAAUUUAUCUUGGUCUGGUUUGGCCUUUUAUAGAAGAAAAUACCAGUGCUACACAGCAAAAUAAUGAAUGGAUAUAUUAAUCCAAGUUAAGUGUUUGAAUUAAAUCAGAUAAUGAAUGCAAACUAAAUUUUUAAAGCAAGGAAAGUAGGCAAGAUCUCUUAUUGCCUUUUGUGACGGAUUCACCCUGUUUGUACUAUGAAGACUUUAUUCACAAUUCCCUGAGCAGCUAACUUUCUAACAGUUACUAACCAUUAUGUGUACAUAUAUAAUUUAUGUGUCUUUGUACUAACUGCUAAGAAAAGUAUUGUAGUGUCAUAGUGACAAACCUAGGUAUAUAAGCCUAAACUUUUGUAUACAUUUAACUUGGAAGGUGAUAAUGGUAUUCCUUGUAGUUUCCAUGACCUUUCCUCACAUCUAGUGCCUACUUAUGUGAAUUGUUAAGUCUUACACUCUUGGAUAAUCCAAUUUCCUCCUUUUUUUUUUUUUUUUUUUUUUUUUUUUUUUUU